AACUGCUAUUUGUUGUGUUUUCCUUCCAGGGCAUCAUGAGUGAAGCCCCCUGCAGAAAACGUGAUGACUAUUUGGAGUGGCCCGAGUAUUUCAUGGCGGUGGCCUUCUUAUCGGCACAGAGAAGCAAAGAUCCAAAUUCCCAGGUUGGAGCCUGCAUCGUGAACGCAGAAAACAAGAUUGUCGGCAUCGGGUACAAUGGGAUGCCCAACGGGUGCAGCGAUGACCUGUUGCCUUGGAGGAGGACAGCGGCCAAUAAGCUGGACACCAAAUACCCUUACGGUAGGGCAUGCUCGUGUUCCAUUCUGCUCAGUGGCACAGCCUGGGGGAGUGCUUAA